AUUCAGGUGAUAUCGUCUUCGAAGCAGCAUUUGGGCACGCCGCCUAGGCGUGGUGGUGACAAGGAAGUGGAUUAGUCUUAACAGCUGACUGCAUGCGAGAGAUGAGCAUUGAUCAAGCGACUGCCUGCAGUGGAGGCGGACGAGCCGGGCGCCCUCAUGGUUCAAGCGCUGAGUAAUGUCCGCUCCUUCCUGCGAUCUGUCUGGGAAAGGUUAUGCUGUAGAUCGAAAGACAGGGUUGGGGAUGACCCUGACAUCGCGAGUCAUCAAAAAGACGGGCAACAGGAUCCCACCCGGACUGUCCCGGACAAGACCCAGGACGAUGGGGACUUAGAACCGCGCUAUUUUGUCCAACCCGUAGAAAGUGCGCUUUACAGGGCGCUGUGGCCGUUUGAAUCCCGGGACAAGGAUGAACUGUCCUUCCAAGAGGGGGAUCUCUUCAGAAUAGUCCUGCGGAACGGAGACUGGUGGAUGGCCGACAAACUGGACACGAUGGGACGCGUCGUGGGGAAAGGAUUCGUGCCUUAUAAUUACCUGGCAUCUGGUCAGUCCGUCGAGGGAGAGCCGUGGUACUUCGGGAAACUGAACCGCUUUGAGACUGUGAAGCACCUGCAGGCCCCGGAGAAUAAGGACGGUGCUUUCAUGGUGAGACUCAGCGAGAAAGAGGACGUGGGCUACGUCCUGUCAGUGAAGGACAACAACAAUGUCAAGCACUUCAAAAUCUACGAGGUUGGGGGAAGCUUUCAUGUGGACAACAUUCAGAGCUUCUCCAGUCUUGCGGAGCUGGUUGAAUACUACAAGUCACACCCUCUGGCUUCCAUCCAGGGGCUAAAGAUUGCCUGUGCAAAGAUUCAGCCCCAACCUCAGGACCUCUCUCACUCCACGGUGGAUGAAUUUGAGCUCCCAAAAGAAGACUUCACUCUGGAAAAGCGAUUGGGAAGUGGAUAUUUUGCGGACGUCUACCAGGGGACAUGGAAGAAUCGCACCAACGUCGCCAUCAAAGUGCUGAAAAACGAGGACCUGGAUCAGCGGGAGGUGCAGCUGGAGAUCCAGAUGCUGAAGAGAUACCGUCACAAGCACCUGAUCAUGCUGUUCGCCUUCUGCUCCUCCACGCCACCAUACUACAUCAUCACCGAGCUGAUGGAGAAGGGGAACCUGAAGAGUUUCCUGCAAGGCCAAGAGGGGAAGGUCCUGGACGGCAACACCCUCACUAACAUGAGCAUCCAGGUGGCUGACGGGAUGGAGUUUCUGGAGUCUCAGCAGUGUAUCCAUCGGGACCUGGCCGCCCGCAACGUCCUGGUUGGAGAGAACUACAUCUGUAAAGUGGCGGACUUUGGACUGGCUCGCUUCAUAAAGGAUACAGUUUACGUUACUGAUGACAAGAGGAUGCCCUACAAAUGGUGUGCACCCGAAACCCUCAGCCACGGAUGCUAUUCCAGCAAGUCGGAUGUGUGGUCUUACGGGGUCCUUCUCUACGAAAUCUUUUCCUACGGAGGAUUACCCUACCCAGGCUAUGGCAAUGGUGAGAUGCACAGCCUGCUCACAAAUGGAUACAGGAUGCCUGCUCCCCCUGCCUGCCCAGACCGCAUCUAUAGCAUCAUGAAGUUGUGUUGGAGCACCGCACCAGAAAGCCGCCCCAGCUUCAAAGACCUGCACUGUGACCUGCUCCACAUAAACGACUAUGACCUGGAGUAAAGAUGGACUGCUGUCUCAAUAAUGACCACAGGGUGGCAGCAAUGAGCCAAGCCAGGAACACAUAGGAUGCUUCCCAGUGUAGUCAGUGUUUUGUGUCUGUCUAUUUUUCUUUCUUACCUGCAUUUUAAACGCGCUCUCAUGGUUCCUGUUAAGGGAUACAUCCAGCACCAAGUUACUGAUGGUCUUUUUCCUUUAACUCAUCAUUAGAUGCUGGUGUUCAGCUGCUGUUAGGGUUGCAAAAUUCUAGGAAUAUUCUUGUUAAUUCCCAUACUUUCCCGUUAAUUCCCAUGGAAAGUUUCUAAUGUGGAAUAUUUCCAAAAUUCCCCAGCUUAACUUCCCAUGGAAUGGAAAGUUUCAGGAAAAUUUCCAGAAAUUUUCCAGCCCUUUGCAACCCUAGCUGCUGUUCAGCACAGUUUGUCCUCAGUUGGGUUAAGCAUUAAUUUAAAGCCAAUGUCGGUUUUUCAUGCUUCCUGACAAAGUUCAGGUUCCAUAUUUUGAUAGGGUAGCUGGGCCCCUCCUGGGUCUCAAACCAGCAACCAAGGGUGUGACUAACCAGGUUAGGUUGCUGCGUGUGGAGUCGGAAGGUUGCUCGUUCAAAUCUCAGGGUUGAUAGUGAUUUAAUUGUUGAUUCAAAGAACAACUCCCUUAAGCAACAUUACUCCGGCCUUGCUUUCUCAAAGAUGUUUUUAGAUUAGUGUCUGCUAAAUCGAUGUAUGCUUUAACUGAUAUGCUGUAUCUUAAAAAAAGGUAAUUAUUCUUGUAAUAUGUGCAGUUGUUUACAGCCAACAUGAAUGAAGUUUACAUUUAAUGAGGUAGAUCUGCGUCUGAUGCUAAUAGGGCUUCCCAUGAUGGAAGAUACCCGACCAAUAUUCAUAAGUACAUUGAUACUUUUUUACCUAUAUUCUUCUGGAUGAAUCAUGCAGUCAGGGCAGUAUGCUGCCCGAUCACAAGAAUCAAAAAUAUUUACUAUAACUUUUUUUCCCCAGCAGUUCAUAAUAUAAAUGUAAGACUGUGAAUAAUAUGAAUGUAUGAAUAUUUAUGAGAGCUGUGCAUAAAGCACAAGCCCCCUAACUGGUUUAUUGCUGAGAAAUCACUGUUUUACGCAGGUUCAGUAGUGCAAGACACCAUGGAUUAAACAUUUCAUUGGGUUCUGUGCUGCAAUAAGAUUCCUUACAUUAUUUUAAUGGUACUUUUUUUUUACAAUUAAUUUUGUAAUAUGUAUGGCAAAAAAGUGUUUUGAUUUGUUUGUUAAAAAGACUAAUUUUGUAAUCCAUGUAAAUUUCUAUUUUUAUGUUGAAGUAAAACCAAAAAGUAUUAAAAUAAGCAAAUACGUUUGUAAGGGUGGAUUGUUAUUAUGUAAAUAAGUAUGUAAAUGUAAUUCUCAGAAAAUACAAAUGACUUGGUUGCCAUAAGUAAACCUUUAGUAUUAUCUCAACUGAAACAUCCGA